AUGUCACGCUCUCAGGUGACGCUUACAUCAACAACAAUGCCAUUAGCCUCACUCAAGAACUCACCACCUGCCCCUCUUCUUCUUCUUCUUCUACUACUUCUGGGAUUGGAAGAGCCUUUUAUGCCUACCCAAUUCGGUUUCUUGAUUCUAAAACCAAUGCCACUGCUUCUUUCUUGUGCCGCUUCUCUUUCUCAAUCACACGAAGUUCCCAAUUGUGUUCUUGCGGAGAUGGCAUUGCCUUUAUUUGACCCUAUGGUUGGUGACAUCAAUGGGAACCAUAUUGGCAUUGAUGUAAACACAGUUGUUUCUGUAGCUUCUGUUGAUGUUGUUUCAAGAGGAAUUGAUUUGACAAGUGGGAGAGAGAUUACUGCUUGGAUUGAGUACAGAGAUGCAAUCAAGAUGAUCCGGGUUUGGGUCGGGUAUUCGUCAACUAGGCCUCCAACUCCUCUCCUUGUUGCUCAGAUUGAUCUCUCCAAGCAAUUCAAGGAGUUCAUGCGUGUUGGGUUUUCUGCUUCUAAUGGGCAGGGCUCUUCAAUUCACAUUGUUGACAGAUGGAAAUUCAAGACUUUGGGUCUCUUCCACCUGGGAUUCCUAUGA